AUGAACGAUCUUGAACAGGGGGAUACUUCGGCCAUGCCCAGCCAGUUCAAUUCCCAUGGAAAGUCCGUUGAGCAAAUGCACAUGCCAACCGUCUACAAGCCAGACCUAAAGUCAUUUCUCGGAGAUCCUACACCACUGUGUGUCUAUCUAGUGUUAUUUGCCUCUUUGGGGUUUCUAAAUUUGAUCAACAAGCUGAUGAACAAUAGUGGUAUUAUGGGGUUCAUUCUUGCCUUGACUCCGUUUACUUGUGAAUUGAUGGAGUUUCGAGGUGCUUUUGGAGCUGGAGCUGCAACUGUUGGCCCUCAAUACUUUUUCGGGGGUUUACUUCUGAUUCUUGCGUCCGUGCUCCAGUUUAUUCUGGGGAAUACCUUUGUCUUCGUCGUUUUUGGAUCCUUCGUAGCGGCAUUUUGGCUUUCCUAUGCUACGACAUUGACGCCCUUUUAUAAUGCUGCCACGGCAUAUGACGCGACUAAUCCCGAAAAUCCGGGAUUUUAUAAUGCGUAUGGUUUCUUCACGCUUUUUAUGGGCCUCCUCUGCUUGAUAUACCUCAUCUGUAGUCUCCGAACUAAUCUCUGCUUCGUCGCCAUAUUCCUUGGACUCGUACUUGGAUUCUUUCUCCUCACGGGUGCAGUAUGGCAAUUGGCGAAUGGAAACCCGAAUUUGGCUCGAACCCUCAAGAAGGCUGCUGGUGCUUGCCUGGCGUUAGGGUCAUUGCCUGGCUGGUACUUCCUCUUGGUGCAACUGUUAGCAACAGUUGACUUUCCGUUGACAUUGCCAAUUGGAGACCUCAGUCGCAUCAUACCAGGGGCAAGUGCGCGGAAGAAGAUGAACUGA